GUGAUCACAUGACAGGCACGUGAAUAUUUUUCAUAAUUCAAAAUGGCAACUUACAUGACUUUUUCUUUUUAUUUACUAUUAUGUGUAUUUUCUUGCGGAAAUUGUUGGAUUCCAAGAAUAAUAAAUGGUAGACCAAAGGGAGGGAUGCUUGGUGCACCAAAAGUUGCCCAUGACGUAAAAACACCACCUGCCCAGUGGUUUACGCAACGAUUAGACCAUUUUGAUGGCGCAAACGUUCAGAGAUGGAGUCAGAGAUAUUUUGUUAAUGACACAUUUUACAAGUCUGGUGGUCCAAUUUUUCUUAUGAUUGGUGGUGAAGGGCCAGCCAACCCUGUAUGGAUGGUGGAAGGAACUUGGAUUCAUUAUGCUCAAACCUUUGGAGCUAUUUGUGUUAUGUUAGAGCACAGAUAUUAUGGAGAAAGUCACCCUGUAAAAGAUUUAUCAAUAGGGAACAUGAGGUUUCUUAACAGUCGUCAAGCAUUAGCAGAUUUGGCCAACUUCAUAGAUGGUUUCAAGGUGAUAUACAGCCAAAAAUACAACUUUAAUAAUAAAAAUAAUAAACUCAUUACAUUUGGAGGAUCUUAUCCAGGAUCAUUAUCAGCGUGGUUCAGGUCAAAGUAUCCAUACAUGGUUGACGGUGCUGUGGCAACUAGUGCGCCUAUCUAUGCUCAACUUGACUUUAUGGAAUAUCUGGAUGUAGUAACUGAUGCCCUAGAUACAACUGGACCUGGCUGUAACCAGGAGAUUAUGAAUGCCACACAGACCAUGAGUGCCUGGUGGGGACAACCUGACAAACGUGCUGAGAUGGAGAGCAUGUUUAAAUUAUGUGACAAAAUUGACCCUGAUAAUAUUCUAGAUAGAGCUGGUUUCUUCAGUAACUUGGCUGGUAAUUUUGAAGGUGUUGUACAAUAUAACAAAGAUAAUAGAGCCUUUGAGGGUGCAAUAGGAACUGACAUCACACUGGACAAGUUAUGUGACGUAAUGACAGAUUUCACCCGAGGGUCGCCCAUCGAGAGAUAUGCCUAUGUAAAUACCUGGUUGCUAAAAACGUACUCACAGUCAUGUCUUGAUUUCAAGUAUGAUAAGAUGAUCGACGACAUGACGAAGACGGACUGGAACAGCAGUGCUGGUGAAGGAGGACGACAGUGGAUGUAUCAAACUUGUGCAGAAUUUGGCUGGUUCCAGUCAUCAGACUGCAAGAAGCAAGCAUUUAGUCAUGAAUUCCCAGUCAAUUUUUCAUGUAUACAGUGCAUGGACAUAUUUGAGAAGAGCAUGGAUUGUACAUUCAUUGAUGCAAAUAUCAAAGACACUAACCAGUAUUAUGGUGGACGUAUCAUUUCUGUAACAAAAGUAGUGUUUCCAAAUGGUUCAAUUGACCCAUGGCAUGCCAUGGGGGUUACAGAGGACAUCUCACCGGACGCGACAGCUAUUUAUAUUGAUGGGACCGCCCACUGUGCCAAUAUGUACCCGCCUGCUGACAAUGAUUCUCCACAACUUACUGCUGCUAGGCAACAUAUAGGUGAUCUCAUUGAAAAAUGGCUACAGUGAAAACUGUAGAAUACCAAUUGUUAAAACAUUCCAGAAAGAUCAGAAUUUUACUGGAUUUAAUCAAAUGUAGUGUAUAAUGUUUUAGCCAAAUAUUGUCCAGCCAGUUGUCUUAAGCAGAUGAAUUAAAUAAAUUUUCACAUUUUGUAUAUUAUGCUUAUUAAAGCAGCAUGCCAUCAGAUUUAUGUAAAAUUUUAAUGAAAAUUUUGACAAUGUAUUCAAAAGUAAAAUAUUGUGAAAUAAGCAAAUCUAUUAAUUAACACAUUGUAAAAAGUGCUUACAAUCCAUGUAAAUAACCAAAAACUGGUCAAAAUAUGUAAAAAUAGCCCUUACUGUGAUAAAUACUGCAAUAUCAGAUCAUUAUUUGUGUAUAACAUGCAAAUAAUUACUUGAUUCUUGGAUAUUUUUACUUUUUCUAAAAAUAUAAAUGUUUCUAAAGUUUCAUUUUCUUAAAAUGUUUUGGCUUACCUGGAGGCAUGCAACUUUAAUGAAAUACAUGUGUUGAAUUUAUCAGGGAAAUACAAACUAUAUCACUCACUGUAUAUCACAUAAUAAAAUCUUGCUGUUUUCAUCGAAAAGUAUAAAAUAAAUAGAAAAUGUGUAUGAUUUUAAUGAUUAUUGUGUAUAUUUCAUUUUAAAUUAGGACAAUUAAAAAUAUAUUUUACUUCCAUUACAUGUUAAUAUAUUAAUUUCUAAAUUAGUUAUUAUCUAGAUUUGAAAUAUAAAGAAGUGCAUACAAUUUAUCCACCAGUAGCCUUGAUGGGUUACCGCAAGCAUUUUCACAGUGUUAGUUUGAUACACUAUUAUAUAUAAUAAUUCCAACUUCUAAUUUAAAUAAAUUUUGCAGAUACAUGUACGUGUGAAAUUUACUUUGAUGUUAAAAAAUACAGAAUUGUUUUCUUUCUAGAUGUAUUUUUCGAAUUCUAUUUGAACAACAAAAAUUAUUGAAAAUGUUGUUAUAUAAUUGUUAUUGUUAUGUAAUUACUUGUGUUAAAAUUUAUUGUCAGAAAUGUUAGACCUCUAAUUACCUCUUUUAUGGACUGUUUACAAAUUCUAGUUUUAUGAAAAUUUGUUUCCAGCAUCAUAAAAUGCUAAUCAUUACUGGGGUAUCUGAUAUAUAAAAUUCUCAGUCAGUAUAUCAUAGUUUAAUACACAGGCACUAAACACAAUUAAUUUACCUCUAUUCUUUAUAUAUAGUAUUAUGAGCAUAUAGAGGUAAAUUAAUUGUGUCUAGUGCCUGUGGUUUAAUAUGGAUCCUGAGGUGAAUUAAGAGUUUUGAUAAUGUUAAGUGAUUUGUAUGAUUUCAGUAGUAAUUUUACAGAAAGUAGCUAAUAAUAGAUUCAAGUAUAUGUACACUGUUUGAUUCUUAUUUUGUGGUACUAAUUAUAUACAUAUAUUCCUACUUCAUAUUUUUUGUUUUUCAAGGUAGGUCGUCAAAGGAAGUUCACAUUUUAAGGGUUUUGAAAGAAAAUGUUUCAAUUUAAAAUCAAAGCCACUCAUAUUUUCGUAGUUUUCAGAUCAUAUAAUUGUUCUAAAAGAAAAACAAAAUUCCACCAUAUUAAAAUAAAUGCAAAAUUAUAAGUUGUACAGACUGCUUUUUAGCAUUGUGAUAUGAUUUGUUUUGUAAUUGAGAUUAAAAAUGAUUUUAUACAUAACAAAAAAUUAAUUAAACUUGUUAAAAUAU